GGCUCACUUAAAUAAAAUUGGUUGUCUGUCGCGGUAGUACAAAACGUAUCUAUAAUACUUGUUAUCAAAUUCUGUUGUAUUGGUAGCAGAGAAAGUUGUGAGACGCGAUAUUCUGAGAGAGGUUGCGCUACGAAUGUUUACAAUUGUUUUUCCUAGUUGUACAUACACACGAAUGACAUAUUGCAUUACAGUUAAAUAAGAUAAUCCAAUAUUUAAGCCAAGACAGCGGUAUACGCGAUCUACGUGUCGAGUGAAUAAAAUUUAUUCGCAUUUACAUACGGUGUGUCGAGUGUGCGACUCAAACAUCAGUUUGCAGAAUUAACAAAAUAUUACUUAAUUAAUAUUUUGUGAAAUAUUACACUGCGUUCUACAUUAAAUUCAACUUUUCUGACAAUCAUCCGAUAUACAUAUAUUAUCGGACAUUUAAUUUAGCGUGUUUAAGAGAAGGUACUUUUUUGCAAUGUUUUAAAAGACUUUUUUAAGUAUUAUACAUACAGAAAGAAACUAUUUUGUGCAUAUCGAUAAGUUUGCUCGUAAAAAGAAUGAUCCAAAGAUGCAAAUACUUUCUCUAAAUUUUUUAAUAUAUACCCUUAGUGGUAUAUGGCGCCCUGUUGAGUGGUCAUCAAAUGGUGCCAAGCUGCUGUAUAGUAUAUAUACAUUUAUUGUAGUAUCUUCUGUAUACUUUAUGAUAUUAACCCAAAUUAUGGAUGUACUUUUUGUUGUCGAUAAUAUCAAUGAUUUUACGAAUAACACUUUAAUGUGUCUGAGUGUCGCUGCUGUAUGUUGUAAAAUGACUAUUGCUGUGGUACGUCGGAAUGCAAUCACUACUUUAAUACAAAUAUUAACGACAUCACCAUGUAAACCUCGUGACGAGGAAGAAGCAUCGAUACAAGCAAAGUUUGACAAGUUUAUCAGAUCAUGUCUGAUAAAAUAUAUAAUUUUGUGUACAAGCUCCUGUACAGGUGUCACGAUAGGAUCAGUGCUUAAUAUUAUUCAAGGUCAAAUGCCUUAUCGAAUGUGGCUGCCAUUUAAUUACCAUGCACCUUUGGCGUUUUUCACUAUAUCUGUUCAUCAGGUUAUAACUAUAAUUAUUGCCACUAUGAUAAAUGUCGGCACGGAUACUCUAGUUUUUGGAUUGUUUUUACAAACGUGUUCCCAACUUGAAAUUUUUGAAAAUCGUCUUCAAAAAUUUAUAAUUAAUAAAACAGUUGGAUAUCUAGGAUGUAGAGUCGCCUCGUUGAAUGAAGAAAAACUGGAGAUAUCAGAGUGUAUACGCCAUCAUCUCAGCAUUUACAAAUAUGCCGAAAUGGUGAACAGUACGUUCAAUCAAGUCCUAUUUCUUCAAUUCUUUAGCAGCAUACUGGUAUUAUGUACAAGUGUGUAUUACUUGUCACUGCAUAUUCAAGAAUUGUCUACAACUGCGUCUUUCUUAGUGUACACCUUUGUAAUGUUUCUACAAAUCUACAUUUAUUGCUGGUCUGGAAAUGAAGUCAUUCUUAAGAGUAUGAGCAUAGGAGAUGCUAUAUAUUGCAUGGACUGGCCACUGUUAUCAGUUAACGAGAAAAAACAUUUGCUGCUAAUCAUGUUACGAAGCACAAUUCCUAUAAAGUUUACCAGCAGCUUCUUGAUAACUGCGUCUCUUCAAUCCUACAGCUCCGUUAGUAGUCCCGUUGUGAUAAAUAAUUUGGAGGCGAAUGGUAUAUGGCGACCUGUUGAGUGGUCAUCAAAUGGUGCCAAGCUGCUGUAUGUUUUUAUUGCUGAUAAUGUCGAUGAUUUUGCCAAUAAUACUUUAAUAUGUCUGAGUGUCUUUGCCAUAUGUUGUAAAACAACUGUCAUUGUGGUACGUCGGAACGGUAUCAUCGCCUUAUUGCAAAUAUUGAUGAAGACACCGUGCAAACCUCGUGAUGAGGACGAAGCAGAAAUACAAAUGAAAUUCGACGUGUUUAUCAGAAGAAAUACAAAUAUGAAAAUACUCACUCUAAAUUUUCUAAUAUCUAAUCUUUGUGGGAUAUGGCGACCUAUUGAGUGGUCUUCAAAUGUCGCGAAAUUGCUGUACAAUAUAUUCACCUUUAUUGUAAUAGCCUCGGAAUACUUUGUGAUGUUAACUCAAUUUAUGGAUAUAAUUCUUAUUGUUGAUAAUAUUAAUGAUUUUGCCACUAAUACUCUAAUGUUCCUGACUAUUGUUGCCGUAUGCUGUAAAGCAACUGUCGUUGUGGCGCGUCGGAAUGCGAUCAUCAAUUUGGUGCAAACAUUAUUGAAAGCACCUUGUAAGCCUCGUGACAAGGAUGAAACAACUAUACAAACGAAAUUUGAUAAAUUUAUCAGGUCAUGUUCGAUAAAAUAUUUACUUUUGGUGACAAGCUCCGUUACGGGCAAUACAAUAGGAUCAGUUUUAAAUGUCAUGCACGGCCAUCUGCCUUAUCGAACGUGGCUGCCAUUCAAUUGCGAUGUGCCUAUGGUGUUCUGGACUAUAUCUAUUCAUCAGAUUAUAACUGUAAUUUUCGCAGCUGUGAUAAACCUCGGCACGGACACCUUAGUCUUCGGAUUGUUUUUGCAAACGUGUGCCCAGCUUGAAAUUUUCGAAAAUCGUAUUCGCAAAUUAAUAAUUAGUAAAACAUUUAGAUAUCUGGGACACGCACUCUCUUCGUCGAAUGAAGCCAAAACGGGAAUAUCAGAGUGUAUACGUCAACAUCUCAGCAUUUACAAGUGGGUCACUUACGCUAAAAUGGUGAACGUUAUAUUCAAUCAAGUACUCUUCGUCCAAUUCUUUGGAAGUAUACUGAUAUUAUGUACAAGUGUGUAUUAUAUGUCAAUACAUAUUGUUGAACUGUCUGGGACUGUGACUUUUUUAGUAUACACCAUUGGAAUGUUUAUACAAAUUUACGUUUAUUGCUGGUCUGGAAACGAAGUCAUUCUUAAGCAGAGUGCGAAUGUGGGAAGUGCUAUAUAUUGCAUGGACUGGCCACUAUUAUCAGUUAACGAAAGAAAAGAAUUGUUGAUAAUCAUGAUACGGAGUACAAUUCCUAUAAAGUUCACUAGCAGCUUCUUGAUAACUCUGUCUCUUCAGUCUUUCAGCAAUAUCUUAAGAACGUCGUACUCAGCAUUCAACGUACUUCAAAAGUGAAAUAUAAAUAAUCAGAAGUGUACUUAGGCAUGUAAAUUGUGUAGUUUUUCAUAAAUUAGUCAGUAAACCCUGAAAUAUC